AUGGAGGCCGCGGUGGCGGCACUGGAGGCGGCCGCGGAGAAGACCGCCGGAGCGGCGUCGGCCGCGAAAGAGGCUGCCGUGGCGGCCUCGGCUGCUGCGACGGAGGCUGCUGGGGCGGCCACGGCUGCGAAGGAGACCGCGGUGGCCGCCUCGGCUGCUGCGACGGAGGCCGCAGGGGCGGCCACGGCUGCGAAGGAGGCCGCGAUGGCGGCCUUGGCCGCCGCUGAGCAGGCGGCGGCGACAUCAUCAGCAGCGAAAGAGGCUGCGGUAGCGGCGGAGGCUGCUGCAGCGGCGACCGCGAGGGAGCUGGCAGCGGCGAUGCGCUAUUCUAAGAAGCGUAGAUUCCAUCAGAUCGACGACGGAGGGAGUCGCGGCGGCAGCCGCAAUGACAGGGGAAACCUCGAUCUCAUCAGCGCCCUUCCCGACGACGUCCUCGGCAGCAUAAUCUCCCGCCUGACCACCAAGGACGGCGCCCGCACGCAGGCCAUCUCUCGCCGGUGGCUUCCCCUCUGGCGCUCCGCGCCACUUAAUCUUGCGGAUGAUUUUAUCGGCUCGGUCUCGAGCAGCAAGCGCAUGGCCUUGCUGUUCCCCGUGAUUAACGCUUGGCUUCACUCUCAAGCCCUGGACAGCCUAGAGGAGCUCGAUCUCGCCGACAUCAGGGACAUGCCGCUGUCCGUGUUCCGUUUCGCUCCCACGCUCCGCUUUGCCAGAUUCAACCGUUGCGGUUUGCCCAAUUCGAUUUCAACGAUGCGUCUGAAUUUCCCGUGCCUCAAGCAGCUCACCCUGCAUGGGAUCCCCGUUAUGGAGGAUGCUCUCCACAACUUGCUCUCUGGCUGCACUGCCUUGGAAAGCCUUGAGCUGACAUAUAUUUAUGGCAUAGGUGCCAUCUGCAUCAGCUCCCAAACUCUUAGGAGCUUAGCCUUCAACCGUUACGGGUCGAAAACUUUGCAGCUAGUAAUCAAGGACGCCCCUUCUCUAGAAAGAUUGCUACCGCUAUAUCAAGAUUGUGAUCAAGGGACCAUCGAGGUAAUCCGAGCACCUAAACUGGAGGUGUUGGGUUUGCUAUCUAAAUACUUAUCCAAAUUCCAGUUUGGAACAACGAUUUUUGAGAAAAUGAUUGCUGUCAGCUUAACAACCAAAAUUCACACCAUGAAGGUUCUGGUUCUCGACUCUACUGGGCCUAAUCUGGAUGCCGUUGUUGACUUCCUCAAGUGCUUCCCCUGCUUGGUGAGGCUGUAUAUCAUUUCACACCCAACAAAGGAUAUGAAUAAUGCAAGGAAGUAUGACCGGUUGGAUCCAAUUGAGUGCCUUGAGCUCCAUCUAAAGAAAGUGGUGUUAAUGAAUUACGAUGGCAGCAAGAGGCCAUCUGUUGAAUUUGCCAAGUUCUUUGUUCUGAAUAGUAAGUUGCUAAAAGAGAUGGAAAUCGAAGUUCUUAACAAGCGGAACGACAAAUGGAUGGCUAAUCAACGCAAGCAGCUAUGUGUGGAUAAUAGAGCUUCUCAAGAUGCUCGAAUUGAACUGAAAAUCGGUACGAAGAAAUCCGACUUAACCAAGAUGGAUACCCAUGAUUUGUCAGUGGCUGAUCCCUUUGAAAGCGGAGCCUUUUGUUGAUACUACAGGUGUAGUUGAUGUCCAUCCCCAAGAUUGUGUUGUUUUGUUGAAAGCAGAGUUUUUGUAUGUCUGUAAUCUAAUGCUGUCCACCCUUCAGUCGCUCUAUGAUAUGAUGUAUGGCCAACUCAAGAAUAAACCAGGAUUGAAGAGGUGGUGUAACAAGUAUCUAAGCUCAGACUUCAAAUUGAAAGCUGGAAAGUUUAAGCUGCUAACAGAAUGCUAGUUUAAUCUGCUAAGUUAAGUUGGUAUUGUUUGCUCUGUUCAUGUUUGGGUGUUUUACUGUAAGCUCAUAAUAUCAGCAGCUACUAUAUCUCUAUUCUGAACACUUGCUUUAAUGAAAAAGGAUGGUAUUUAUGCCUCUUGUCUAAAA